GUUGGCAAUACUGAAAAAAAAAAUUUAUUAUUCUAAUCUCAGCUGGUGCAUGUAUAUAUAAGGUAUGGAGCAUUCUUUCGUGAAAGUUCCAAGAAAUCAGCUAAAGAUGAAUUUGCAUAACAGUGGACUGUUCCUUGUUCUUCUGGUCAUAGUAACAUGCGUUCUAGAAAGGAACGAAGGAUCUAAUGCUACAACUCCAGUACCUGCUUCUACAACCACGACUACAGCAAGACAUACAAUGACUACACCAAGAAAUAGAAGCACAACUAGGACAUAUUAUACAACCACCACAAAUAAUACUGCCGGUCAGAGAGGAGCUGGUUCUAAACUGAUGUUUUCGAAGUUGUCCCUCAUAUUCAUGUCUGUGAUCGGAGUUUGUGUAAUGAAGUUUGUGUGAGGACUAUCGAAG